CAAAACUCACUCCACCAUAACAAAACAAGCAUAUUAAUUUUCUUUGAGCUUUUCCUUACCAAAAAUGUCUGCAUGUAGCAAAAUCAGCCACAUUGUAACACUCCGCUGGAUGCUGCGACAAUGGCGGAAGAAGGCGGCGGCGGCGGCCAUCAGCACCCGCCGCCGUAUACCCUUCGACGUGCCGGCGGGUCAUGUGGCGGUCAUAGUCGGGUCUAAUUACAAAAGGUUUGUAGUCCGAGCGACGUAUCUGAACCAUCCAUUGUUCAAGAAAUUACUGGUUCAAGCAGGGGAAGAAUAUGGAUUCACCAAUUCAGGCCCGCUUGCCAUUCCCUGUGACGAAUCACUCUUUGAAGAGAUCCUCCGGUACUUGGCCCGCACGGAAUCGAAUAAGAACUCGGCCAGCUUCAUGACAUUCGAGGACUUUCAGAGAUAUUGUCGAGUUGGGAUUUUGAGCAACUUUGAUUUUCGGGCCGAAACAGAGGCCCUUUUGCAUCGGUGAGAAGCAUUUCAAACUGGGUUGACUCAUUUGAGUUAGGUCCUUGCACAGUGACUGCUAGAAAAUUCUUCCCAGGACGGUGAUUAUUUUUGUCCUUUUUAAUUAUUUUGUAACUUUCUAAGUAAAUUAAUUUGAGCGGCCUGAGUCAAGACUGGUCUAGAGACAGAAUUAUAAUGGAGAUGGCAAGCGGGUGGGCGAGUUACCACCGAGUCGUCCCGAGUUCCAUAAGGACGGAGUCAACCAAUGACACAGGCGGAACUACCCCUAUACUAAUGCAAAUUACUCAGAGUAAAGUAACAAGUGAAGAUUUUUAAGGUCACUUUUGUAAUAAACGAAAUGUGAUUCUUAUUCAUUCAUUAUAGAAAUUCAAUCAUGUAUCUUCAUUUCAUCAUUGAUAAAAUGCAACAAAUUUUUUUUUCUUGAA